GGUGCGUGUGCGGAGCGGCCGCUGUCAUUCCCGCAGCGCCGCGGAGGAGCCCAGCCCGUGCGCCAUGGCCCUGGAGGAGUCCCUGCGUCGGAGCAACGCCCGCUUCAUGGCCACCAUCAACAGCAUCUUGGAGAGGGACCAAAAUCAUGGGAGGAUGUGUCAACCGAGGACCUUAGAAAAUGGCAGGAGGAAGUACUUGAGUGUAACAGAGGAAGUGAAAGGAAUGCAGAAAUGUCAAAGCAAGAUAACAGUGAUUUUGAGGAUGGACAUUCAACGGGACAUCAGGAAUCUCCUGAGACCUCUGGUGUGAAUACAUCUGAUACAGGUGAAGAAAGUGAUACCGAUACAGUUUCACUAAGAAGAAAAUUUCAAGACAUUCACUUACAGAGAGAAUGUCAAGGUUCGUCAAAAGGCAACCAAGCUGCUGUUUGCAGAAGGAAAGUAGAAUUGUCAAAUGAAUGUUCUUCAUCCAGACCUCCACAGUUAGGAUUUUCUUAUGUUCCCAUAUCAACAAAGACAAUCACCAUACCCAGGCAUCAGACUUCCCCAGAACUGAAUAAAACUUGGUGUGAUGGUAUCUUGGAAGAAUACCAGUCUGCAGAUGAGGAAUGCUCCUGGAGCAAUGUAACUCUUGCAGACUUGUAUCCAGGGAUGUUAGAGUUACUUACAAGGCUCAUGACAAAGCAGACUUGGAGAAAAGAGUCAAAAUACAUGUUUGGACAAUUAAGGCACAGAAGACACCCUUCUGGAAGACCAAAGCUCAGUGUCACCUUAGUCAAAAUAAGAGGGUUCAGACCUCCUAAACUGAAGCGAGCACAGCCUAGCAUAUGCAGCAGUAGACAUGAAGACAUACAGAAUCAAACUUUCGGAAAUGAGAAUAGAGAACUUCGUGAUGACAAGAGGUCCAUUAAUAAUUUGUCUGUUGUGGUACCUUAUUCUUACAUUGAUACAAAUGAAAUCAAAAUGGACUGCUCUGACUCAAGUUUAGUACCUAGAAAAGGCCCAAAAUUCUCCAAACGGACUGUUUUUCCUGAUGUUAUAACUACAAUGGGAGAGACGUUUCUAGUUGAAGAUGAGUUACAGACUACUGUCUCACUUAAUCCAAAAUGCAAAGAAAGUGAAAAAUUUGCUUACCAGUGUCCUUCAGAAUACUGUUUUAUAACAUCUGCUGCCAGUUCAGGGUCAACAGGACUUCAUCCGGUAAAAGAGAGUGAAACUCAAAAAAAUUACUUUUCUUGUGGUGAUACCUCAGAGUUGUGUUCAUCUACUUGCAGGUCCUAUGGCAAUAGUCAUGCUUUUACACCUGUUGCAAACUGUUCUCUUGCAAGAGCAUCAAAUACUUUACUCAUAAAUCCUGAAAAAAUAACUUCUGAAAGACAAAUUCCUUUCGAGCACAAGCACUUAUUUUCCUUGUUGUCUACAAAGCAGAGUCCUUCAAAGAUGCCCCAGAAAUACAAUGAUGCAUUUGAAAAGCUCUACUACAAGCUGUGUCCCCAAGAAAUCCAAAAGCCUUUGACAUUGACAAGAUCUCUUGCAAAUUCACAGAACCUUGAAGAUAAAGGAAGAUUAGUGAAGAGUAAUUUAAGUCAUUCUGUGAGGUCCCAUACACAGUGUGAUAGAGAAUUUGACAGGAUCUAUGAGCAAUUGUGUAGUGGGGGUGUUCCAAAACUUCCUGGGUUUCAGAGAGCUUCAAAUUUAAAGAAGUAUGGAGGAGUACAGAUGUCUGAAACUGUAAAUGCUCUGGUUAACUCGCCUGUUCAAACUUUAUCUCCAUCUCCCAGAAUUAAAAGACUGGGGAAUUUCCAAAAUGAUCCUCUUUGUUCACCAGUAAAGCGACUGAGAGGUAUACCGGAACGUUAUCUAUCUUCAACAAAAUGUGAACAGAUUGCUCACAGAAGAAAUGCUGAACUUCAGACCAACGGCAUGAGGUUUUUGAACCCAUACAUUGUCAGUAACUCCAGCAUUUUUGACAGUCACAACUGCCAGAGUCAGGGCUCUGGAUUUCAUGCUGCGUCAGAUAAAACUUUAUGAAUUACUGCUUUAGCAAUCACAAGCACUUCUUCAAGGGUAGAUCUACAAAUCUCAAUAGACCGCUGUCUAGGUGACAGCUCUUCUUCCUCAGUAACAGUUGGGUAUGUUCAAGUGUUCCUUUAAGGAAUCUAUACAGAAAAGGGU